AUGGCUCAGUCUCCCUCCGAAAAACUGCUCCUCGGAGCCGACAUGGCAAAGCGCUUCCUGGGCGAGGAACUACUUUCUCGACUCAGUGUAAACGCGUCUCAGAAGGACGACAUUUUCACCAAAACGAGUCAGGAAUACAUCGCCGAGGUGUGCUUCUCGAGCUACGCACGCCCCGGCUUGAAAUUCCGCGAACGCGCCUUGAUGAACAUUGCCAUGCUCACGGCCCUGAACAGAGGGCCUGAGCUGCGCAUUCAUGUUGCUGCUGCCCUUCACAAUGGUAUUACCGAGGAGGAGAUUUCUGAGGCUUGUAGACACGCAAUGGUCUACUGUGGUGUCCCCGCGGGUAGGGAUGCUCUUGCGGUUGCUAGCGAGGUUGUUAGUUCGGUGAAGGGAGUAUCGGAAAGUAAGAUUUGA